AUGUUGACUCUCGAGUGGGAGUCAGAGGGACUGCAAACAGUGGGUAUUGUUGUGAUUAUAUUUGCAUCUCUGAAGCUGCUUCAUUUGCUGGGACUGAUUGAUUUUUCAGAAGGUUUCCUCUACGCUCAGAACAGUACCAAACGCAGCAUUAAAGAGCGACUUAUGAAGCUCUUGCCCUGCUCGGCUGCCAAAACGACCUCUCCUGUUACUCAAAACACUGUAGAAGAUGAAAUGGAAAUGGCCACAGUACGACAUAGACCUGAAGCUCUUGAACUGCUGGAAGCACAGAGUAAAUUCACAAAGAAGGAACUUCAGAUCUUAUAUAGAGGGUUCAAGAAUGAAUGUCCCAGUGGUGUUGUCAAUGAAGAAACCUUCAAAGAGAUUUACUCUCAGUUCUUUCCACAGGGAGAUUCCACAACUUAUGCACAUUUUCUGUUUAAUGCAUUUGACACUGAUCACAAUGGAUCUGUAAGUUUUGAGGAUUUCGUUAUGGGUCUCUCAAUUUUACUGCGAGGGACAGUACAGGAGAAACUGAACUGGGCUUUCAAUUUGUAUGAUAUAAAUAAGGAUGGAUAUAUAACUAAAGAGGAAAUGCUUGAUAUCAUGAAAGCAAUAUAUGAUAUGAUGGGGAAAUGCACCUAUCCUGUUCUCAAGGAGGAUGCACCUCGACAACAUGUGGAAACAUUUUUCCAGAAAAUGGACAAAAACAAAGAUGGAGUAGUCACCAUAGAUGAAUUCAUUGAGAGCUGCCAGAAAGAUGAGAAUAUAAUGAGAUCCAUGCAGCUCUUUGAAAAUGUGAUUUAA